GGUUUUAAAUUUUUCAGUUGAGGACUCCGAGCUUCCAAAUUCUCCGUCAAGGACAUUUUGUUAUUCUAUAUAAGCCCCCUUCUUCUCAACUUGUUGCCACACCCACAUUUUAUUUCGAUUUUUUCUCGUUCCUUUCUUGUUUGCUUUAUUUCUGUUAUCUCUUGUGUGUUACGCUGCUUCUUUGCAAUCCAAGAUGACUAUUCUCAUUGAGCAACCUAUCUUCGAUUCACAAUUUGACGUGAAGAAUGUGGACUCUAACGAAACCAACGAGCUUGUGUUGGAUGGUGGAUUUUCAAUGCCAAAGGAGGUGUCUCAGAAUGGAUUCGCAACCCCAGAAGUGAAUUCAUUUGGCCAUUCCUUCAGGGAUUAUGAUGCUGAAAGUGAAAGGCAAAAGGGUGUGGAGGAAUUCUAUAGAUUGCAGCACAUCAACCAGACAUAUGACUUUGUGAAGAAAAUGAGGGAGCACUACGGAAAAUUGGACAAGGCUGAAAUGGGUAUAUGGGAAUGUUGUGAGUUGCUUAAUGAAGUGGUAGACGAAAGCGAUCCUGAUUUAGAUGAACCUCAAAUUCAACAUUUACUUCAAUCUGCUGAAGCUAUUAAAAAAGAUUAUCCUAAUGAGGAUUGGUUACAUUUGACUGCUCUCAUUCAUGAUCUUGGAAAGAUUCUUCUACUUCCUCAAUUUGGUGAGCUUCCUCAAUGGGCAGUUGUUGGAGAUACAUUUCCGGUUGGUUGUGCCUUCGAUGAAGCAAACAUUCACCACAAGUAUUUCAAGGAAAACCCUGAUAUCAAAAAUCCUGCAUAUGGCACAAAGGAUGGAAUCUACACUAAAGAAUGUGGACUCAAUAACGUAAUGAUGUCAUGGGGACACGAUGAUUAUAUGUAUUUGGUUGCUAAGGAAAAUGGCACUACUCUGCCUUCAGCAGGAUUGUUCAUUAUUAGAUAUCACUCUUUCUAUCCUUUACACAGAGAAGGUGCAUAUACACAUCUCAUGAAUGAUGACGAUCGUGAGAACUUAAAAUGGCUACAUGUAUUCAACAAAUAUGAUCUGUAUAGUAAGAGCAAAGUCUUAGUUGAUGUAGAAAAAGUUAAGCCAUACUAUCAAUCUCUUAUUGCGAAGUAUUUCCCAGCAAAGCUUAGAUGGUGAAACUUCAAUAUGAUGGAUGGAAGCCAAGAGGGAAUUGAGUUGUUUUUUGUUUUCUUGAAACCAUGUUACAAAAUUUGUUGAAAGCUGAAAUUGAUCAAUCCGUCACGUUUAUCCAGUCUUUAAACAUUGAACUACUGUACUCUAUAACGCAUAAAUUUAUGUACAUGCAUUGUGUAUUAGCAUAUUGCGAAGAGCACAUAAUAAAUUAUAUACUAUUCAUAUAGUUCUUUCAA